AUGCUGCGUGGUGCUGUCAUUGGGUCGAGGAGAGGAUCGACUAUCGUCGCGCGCUGCGUGGGUCCUGCCCAGCAGCGUCGCCAUGUGCGCUACGCAAACAUUCAAGAGACACUUCGCCCGCAGGCGGGGCAUAGCGCGGGGCAGAUGUCACUUCUUAACGAGAUCUGCUGCAACCCCGACGCGGAGGAGGAGCGCCGCAAACCCAUCUUUCGACAUGAAGUUGCUCCACGCGCCCCAUCACCAUCAACUCGUACACCGACGAAGAAUUAUUUGCAGACGAUGUAUCAAUGGGGUUUCAACUCCCUCACACUCUUCCGCAAGACAAAUGAGGACCCUGGGCCGUGGUGGAACGCGAACAGCAGCACCCUGGUUUCAAAUUGGACGCAGGUGGGUGACUACGCAAAUGCCGGCAUGUGGUCAGGAGUCUGGCGAUAUACAUAUGGUGUGGGCGAGUAUAAUCUGC